ACAAACGCUGCGAAAAGGCGGGAAGUUCUCAACGGCAUUCCUCUCUCUCUCUCUCUUUUCUUUCUUCCAUUUAAUACAAAUCAUUUUUGAAUAGGUUAUAAUCUACCAGGAAAUGAGUGAUCCUUGUAAAGUAACCGAGCCAGCCAUGUCUUCCAACGAUAUGAAAGAUCAAGAGUCAGAAGACAGCAGCGAUAAAAGAAAUACUCAAGAAAAACAAAAGCGUUUUAAAUUAUUAAAAGAUGCAUUGGACAAAGUUUUCACCAAAGUUGCCACUGGCAAGUUGUCUUGGUAUACUAAACAGUUCCCAGCUUUGCAAGCAAAAGACCCAGGCAUCUUAAAACUUCUCCGAGAACAAGUUACUCACCAGCUGGAGACAACCAUCAAAAUGGAGAUUGAAACAAUGUUGGAAGAGGAAAACCUGAUGGAAAUAAUGAAAGAUUUAAACAAAAGAAUCAAAUCCUCCAAAGCUCAAAAGACGGAUGUAGCUUGGCGUCCUACGGGUAAUGUUGAUGACGACAUCCGUGCACACGCGAUGCCAGUGAAGAUGAAAUUACGAGACAAUUUACAGACUAUGUUGAGCAAAUUGGAAGAAGAGAACAAGCAGUUACAAACCAUUGUAUGUGAGCGACAGAAGAACCUUAUAAAAGGUGAACAAAAACUGAAAGACUAUAAUGCUUUCUUUGAAAAAAUAGCUGUGAGUGCUGAAGCUAUCAAGAAAUCACCCGAACUGUCGGAAGCCUAAGAAUUCACUCUACAAAAGUGCAGGUCAUUUUUGUUAAGGAUGGAUCACAUUAGAAUGAAUUAAUAGGGAUUGGGGAGUAUAGCAAAUUGAAUUAACAGCCUUAUCAGUUUUGGUUUGGAGAGCAAAGUCAGAGGUUUCAACUAAAAGAUGUAAAAACUA